GUAAUUUCCUCUCUGCUGCAUUUUAUUUUGUAAGAAGGAAAGCGGAAGUUGCCUUGAGCGUUUCCUGUCGCCUCCCUUAUUUUCAUCCCUGCUGCGUCAGUUAAGGCGUGUUCACGGGUCUUGGUUCUCACUGACAUUGUUGGAAGUCACGCAAAGGCUCGGACACAGGACAAGUUUGUAAACCCCUCCAGCCACACGAAGAUGUUCUUUCUCAAAAAAGUUGUCGGUGGCAUCGUUGACGUUGUCAGCAACAUUGACCCUGAGCAGUUUGCGCCUUCAAAUCCUCCUCCUGCACGCCAGCCAGCUGUUUACGCAGAGAAGCAUGAAAGCGACGAGGAGAAACAGUUCCGCAAAGUCUUCCAGCAGCUCGCUGGAGACGACAUGGAGGUGAGCCCAAAUGAGCUGAUGAACAUCCUGAACCGGAUCAUCUCAAAGCAUGGAGACCUGAAGACGGAUGGCUUCAGCAUCGAAUCCUGCAGGAGCAUGGUGGCUGUCAUGGACUCGGACAGCACCGGGAAACUUGGCUUCCAUGAAUUCAAACACCUGUGGAACAACGUAAAGAAAUGGCAGGGCGUGUACAAGCAGUAUGACGCAGACCACUCGGGUGUCAUCGGUGCAGAUGAGCUGCCGAACGCAUUCAAAGCUGCAGGGUUCCCCCUCAACGACCAGCUGUUCCAGAUGAUCAUCCGCAGGUAUAGCGACGAAAGCGGCAACAUGGACUUUGACAACUACAUCGGCUGCCUCGUGAGGCUGGAUGCGAUGUGUCGGGCCUUCCAAACCCUGGACAAAGACAGAAACGGGACUAUUAAAGUGAAUGUUCAAGAGUGGCUUCAGUUGACCAUGUACUCCUGAGUCCUGGUGAUGCUGUCCUCUUCCUCCCUGGCUGGUUUUCUGAAAUGACUCCACUCUUUAUCUAAGCAAUCCAAAAAUAUUUUAUCUAGACGUCCCCACAGCUUCCUGUGUUCCUCAGAAGUUAGGAGCGCAUGCAUGCAGUUUUUUUCUCUAAGUAACACAUGUAGGUCAAACCUGCAAUGCAUUGUUCUGAGACUGACCUUUGGUGGAGGGUUGGCAGUCAUGCUUUGAAAAAUUGACAUUUUGCAAGAUAAUUGUGCACUUUUUUUUCAAUCAUAUUUCCUUUUUCAUAUCCAUAAAAGCUUUUUAUCACGUCUCUGGUGCUGUGUUGAUGAAAAUAAGUGAGCAAGGUGAAGUGACAGCGUCGCCCGCUUAUUUCUACCAGUUUCACCUGUUUGGAUUCUUCUUUGAGCUCUCUGGGCGUGUAUCAGCCUGAGUGACAAUCCCGUGUCUACCGCCACAGCUUUGCUUUAUGUUGUUGGACCAUUCUGGGUGUGGGAGGGUAUUCCUUCAGCGGUUGAAUGAAUACCGCAACCUUGACCUGGCAAAUUCCCAAAAAUGCUCUGUAGAACCUCACCCUUGGCACAAUAGCCAACAACUUCCACUACUGAGGCCAUGUGUACAGCAUGCAGGUCUGUAAGAACACUGGUUUUUGUGUAAAGUCAGAUUUCUUAGAACCCUGCAUUUCCGAAACCGGCUUUAAGUGCAGUAACCACCAAUUUGUAGUUCAACAACAGCGAGAUGAUGAAAUUAAAAUCUUUUAAUCUAUGCCAAACUUACCUUAAAACCCUUCAACUAUGAAGACAACGAUGUCGUCAUUAACCCAUUGACUUUUUUAGUCCAACAGUUCAACUUUUAAUUGUAAAUAUUUGCUGAAACUGUCCUGUUAUGACAGUAAGGAAUGAGACAAUCUGUGAAAAAAAUCAAGCUCCUCUGUCUUCUCCCAGUGCAAUCUAAAAACAACCAAUCAGAGCCUGGAGGAGGGUCUCAGCGCUGUCAACCACUCCUCCCUGUACCACCGCUCUCCAUUAUGCUGCAAGCUAGCACAUGCUGUUGUGAAUGCUUAUGUUAGCUAGCAUGGCCACCAACGAUGUUGGAUCAACAGUUUUCCUGUAACGGGAAGUUGUUUCUCUGCCAGCAGCAAGUAUGCGAUGCUGAUUGACAGUGCUAAGACACUCCUCCUGGCUCUGAUUGGUUGUUUUUUUUUUUACUUGACCACAGAUAGCAAUAGAAGCUCAGGGAGGAGAGCAAUCUUUCUCAUAACGUACUGUCAUGCCAUGGUGACAGUUUUAACAAAUAUGUAAACAUUUUGCAUAAUUUACAUACUGCACCUGUAAGGGGUUGAAAGAAAUUGGUGAAAGCUAACACAUUCUGAAUGUGAAAUACAAUGUUCUAAUUUUCCUUCCUCUAAAGUGAGCUAAUCUAGUAUCGUACGCAGGGUUUUAAACGUCAGUUCGAUUGGAAUAGCUCACUAAUGGCAUACUUACUUUCUGCUUCCUCUCACUUUACGCAUUUACAACUGUGGUCAAAUGUGCACCAGGUUUUUUCAGCACAAGGAAUUAUGUGCCUCUAAUGCAUGCUAAAAGGUUAUUGCCAUAGUUAGAAUCCCGCUCAUUUAACUGUUACUGAAUGUGCUGAUGUCAAAUAAAUGCCUGUGCCAUGUUUGGAAUAAAACUUGCAUUUCAUAGUC